UGGCCUUUUAUUUUGAAGGUGCAUCCGGAAUUGCAUUGCCUCGCUAAUAAAAUGUGUUUUUCUAUCCCUGGAGGCAUCAGUGUUUUCAACGGGACUCAACUAACUAGACUCACCAUGGACGUCUGACCCGAAGGCGAAGUUUGACUCCUUACUUCAUUAUUUGUCACCAAACAUUUUUGCACACCUCUCCAGGAAAACUUUCGGUGGUUUUAUGUCCAAAAAACAAGCAUGCAACCCCCGCCGAGAAAGGUCCGGGUCACGCAGGAGCUCAAACAAAUCCACGGCGAGCAGAUGAGCCAGUUACAGAUCAACCAUCAGACACAAUGUGACCUGCUGGAGGAUCUGAGGACGUUCAGCCUAAAGAGGGUGGCCGUGGAGAAAGACUACGCCCAGGCUCUGCAGAAGUUGGCGAAUCAGUAUCUGAAGAGGGACUGGCCCGACAGUGAGAAGGAUGAGGAACCCGAUCACAGGAACAUGUAUUGGGUCUGGAAGGCUUAUCUGGAGGCCACAGUUCAGGCCACACAGUCCAGAAUCAGCUCCUGUGAGAAUUACAAAGUCCAGGUAGCAGAUCCGGCCAAAACGGCGCGGCUGCAGAAGGAGCAGCAGCUCCGAAAGUGCAUCGAGCAGCUGACGGUGGUCCAGGCGGAGCUGCAGGAGUCGGUGAAGGAGCUCACCAAGAGCAGGAAGAAGUACCAGGAAGCUGAGCUGAUGGCGCAGGCUGUGCGGGACAAAGCGGAGCUGGAAGCCAAAUCCAGGUUAAGCCUCUUCCAGUCCAAGUCCAGCCUCCAGAGGGCCACGGUAAAGCUGAAAGCCAAGAGGAAUGAGUGCAGCUCCAAAGCCACCCAUGCCAGAAACGACUACCUUCUCACGCUAGCCGCCGCCAACGCCCACCAGCGGCGCUACUACACCACGGACCUCAUGGACUGCAUUAAGGUCUUAGAUGGUAGGAUCUACGAACAGGUGAAAGACUACCUGGUGUCCCUCUGUCAGACUGAGCUGGAAACAUACCAGGCGGUGCACGACACCUUCAACCAGCUCCUGAACAGCUCCACCAGGGUGGCUCAGGAGUUUCACCAGCAGUUCUUCGUUCAGAAGAACCUUUUAUUCCAGCAAAGCCCGGACUUCUCAUACCAGCCCGUCGACUCGGACACGGUGGUGCAGCUGCAGACGGAGAGCGGGACGGCGGAGGGGCACAGUCUGGACAAGGAGGCCAGGAAGUGGGCGAGCCGCGUGGCCCGGGAAUACAAAAGCAUCAUCCACACGCAGAGGGCUCUGGAGGAGUACAGCGCGCAGGAAGCGUCAGAGCAGAACGGCGAGCUGGAGAGCAAGAUGGAGGUGGCCAGGCAGAGUCUGCGGAGGGCAGAGACGGUGAAAGCGAAGGCGGAGGCGCGGCUGGACCUGCUGAGGCAGGCGGGGGUCGCCGUGGAGACGUGGCUGAAGAGCGCCAUGAACCAGGUGAUGGAGGAGCUGGAGAACGAACGCUGGAACAACCUGAGUACCCACGAUCCCUCACUCUCUGGAACUGCAGAUCUGGAGCGUGAGGAUGAGGAGGAGAUGGAGGACAGCGGCGAAGUGUUGGACGAAAGCAGCUCCAGCCCGUCCAGCACCUUAAAAAACUAUCCGCUCACCUGCAAAGUCCUCUACUCCUAUAAGGCAUCUCAGCCCGAUGAACUGACCAUCGAGGAGCAGGAGAUCUUGGAGGUCAUUGAUGAUGGAGACAUGGAGGAUUGGGUCAAAGCCAGGAACCGCAGCGGACAGGUGGGGUACGUCCCGGAGAAGUACCUGCAGCUGCCCUCCUCCAACAGCCUGCUGAGCAUGCUGCAGUCUCUGGCCACGCUGGACGCCAGGUCCCACUCCUCCAGCAACUCCACCGAACCCGAAACCGAGCUGCCGUCGGGUUCUGUGAACGGGGACUCCAGCGUCUCGUUUGCGAAGGCGUUGUACGACUACGCGGGUCAAACGGAGGAGGAGCUCUCCUUUCCUGAAGGCGCCAUCAUCCGAAUCCUCAGCAGGGAGACUCACGAGGACGACGGCUUCUGGGAGGGGGAGUUCAACGGCCUCGUUGGCGUUUUCCCGGCGGUGCUGGUGGAGGACCUGGCCGGGCUGAGCGAGAAUGGAGAAGGACAGAAACCCGGCAGUUCACAGGUCUCCCCCUCCGGCUCCGCUCAGAGCGACCGCUCCCCCAGCAGUCUGUUUCAGCCGGGACCUCUGCACAGCAGCCCGCUGCAGACGCCCACCCUGUCCUCCCCCGUGUCCAGCCCCUGCAGCGCCACGGCCUCCCCCGUCGGCCGACCGCCCUCCUACCACAACGGAGACCACCGACCUCCACCAGCAUCACGCAAGAGCCCGUACCACAGUCCGGCUCGAGGGUCCCUGCAGCCUCCCAAGUACCCCGAAGGAGGCACCAUAAGACCUGUCCGGGCUGCCCCCCCACCACCAAAGCAGCACCCCCGUGGGCAGGUGAAGCGUAAAGAGGAGGUGGAGAUCACGCUGGUGUGACGGACGCUGCCUGGAUCAAACCAACCGAAGGACCGAAAGGGGGGUCCCCGAACCCGUCAGACAACGCAGGAGACCCCCGAGGGGCGGAGCCUAGCGCCUUUUCCAUUGAGCUCCCUCACAUUCACAAACAAAAUCCGUGCUUCAGGCCUGAAACGGUCAAAGAACAGAGCUUCUGGUGGAGAUUUAUACACAUCCUGGUUGGAGCUGAACACCAACCAGUUCCUCUGAAGCAGCUCGGGUCGGAUUCACUCAGAUUUUAUCAGCGAAAACUCGAGCCGUUUCAUCCCGUUCUUCAGCUCCUGCAGAGUUUCUGCCCAGCGUCUCGUUUUUGUUUCCACUUAGAAUGAAUUCCUCCCGGUGAGUCGGUGUUUGCUGUAGAUUCACCAACAUCUUUGUUUUAUUUCUGUUCACUUUUGGAUUUAACGCGGCGUCCUUUCAGUGGAACCCGGGUCCAAAAGAGGAUGAACAGUACAACAGGAAGUUAGACGAAACGCUUGCAGCACUUAGGAAGUCCUGAUGUCUCGUUAGUGUUUGGUUGACCUUCAACAGGCGGGAACACACCGGCGGGUUGGAGACUUCAGUUCACCAUAAGUUCCUUAAGAGCGGCUUCAGCUUCACUGGCUUUGAUGCCUUUAGAGACGCGGCGCCGCUGCCGCCUGCAUCCAACCCCGCUGACUCCACGUCUAUGCAACCAAAAGCCGGUCAGCUCCACGCUUGGGCCAGAACCCGCCGCGGCCGAGGCUGGUCCUCUGCGCCGACUCAGGAAAAGCGGCGAUUCUAAUUGUUGUUUUGUCCCUAAAAGGCACUAAAGAAAUUCAAUCUUUUAUUUCUUAAGCCCCCCUUUUAAUGUUGUUGCUGUAACGGUUCAUGGCGUUCACGCACAGAUUUUUGGCGUGUUUUGGCCGGAGCGUCUGUGACGGUCGACACUGAAGUGGUGACGCUUAAAUGCAUUGAUUUCACGGAUCCUGAGCUGCUGGAUGUAAACCCAUACUGUCAUAGAAAAGCACUUUUUGGCGUCUUCUCCCCUCAGUAUUUGGUAAAGAUGUUUGUUUACCAGCUGUAUGGUAUUCAUCUCUUUUAUAUGCUGUCGUGUUAUUUAGCCUUAAAUAGCCGCUGUUGUGUCUUUAAGUCUGAUCUCUUUUGUUUUAAAUGUAUAGUUUACAGAAAUUUUGGAUUCUUGUAUAAUUAAUGGCAAAACUUUUCUUUUUUUUUCUUGUUAGAUUUAGGAAUAAAAGAGGUUUGGAUCCUUGGAGGUGUUUGUCAGCCGUGUUGCUGUGUUCUGGUUGAUCUCUUUGAGAUCUGAAUGACAUCAAACUUAUUUUUGAAGUUUGCAUUUUACCCUGAUGUAUUAAAAAAACAAAAGUCCAAAACGUUUCUUUUUCAUCAGAGAAGUCUCGUCGACCUGAAAACGGUUCUGAUUCUCCUGAGAUUCUGUGAGAAGUCCAGUUUUCAGGUCAUCGCAUUUACACGCCGGUGGACGUUUAUCUGUAUUUAUUGUGUACAAAUAAAUGUGAAAUAAAGAUAGAUGACAUGAAAUCA